AUCGAACAAAACUUCCGCUAUGGAUUUGCUCACUCGCUGAUAACACUUGAAAUUCUCCGAAAGUUCUGUCUGUGGUGCAGUGACUGCAGCGCGAUAAUUGCAAAUCGACCCUUCUAGGGCCACUCAUCAGCUCUCCGUGACACUUGCUCUUCCCCCACACCCAGAUUCGGUCGGCAACCAGCCGGACAGCCAGAUCUCCAGACCUCCGGCGCUCAAUCAGACGGCCAGUCAUUCGGUCAGAACUCGAGCAGGCUGUCAGUCGUGUAUGUACUGUGUACUGCUGUCCAUCAAUUGAAAAUCUGAGUUUGUUUUCGGUUUGCGCUCAGAGACAUCGACAUCGAUCGCGCAUUCCCGGUUAACCGGGGGAAAUGAAUUUCAUUUAAAAAGUUCUUCGGUCAGUGCUGAAUUUUGUUUCCAGAACGAAGGGAGGGCGCUAUUCGUGGUUCCUGAUACGCGAGCAAUGACAUCGGAUUGAAACAACGGCGUUUUCUAGAAAUAUCAAGAUGCAAACUGCCAUCAGCUUGAAAGGCAGCACCACCUCCCAGAACAGCUCCCUUCAGUACAGCAGCGACAUAAACGCCAUUAGCCUCGAGCCCGAUCACUCGGAGGACUUUCAAUCUGUCAACGGACUCAAGUAUUUGCCAUCCUGGCCAGCGGUAAACUUGCAGUUUACGGAACUCAGCUAUGACGUCCCCGACCAGGCGAAUGCUUCAAAGUCAAAGACGAUUCUGCGGGGAGUCAACGGAACGUUCCACUCCCAUGAGCUCACUGCGAUAAUGGGACCUUCGGGUUCUGGUAAAACCACACUGCUGAACCUGUUGGCCGGAUUCCGCGCUGUCAGCAAUUCCGGUGAGAUUCUGGUCAACAACAGUCCCCGGGAUUUGCGAGUCUUUCGUAAAAUGUCCCGAUACAUAAUGCAGACAGAUGUCCUGGAUCCGCAGUUUUCGGUGCACGAAAUGAUGCUUUUGGCGGCAAACCUAAAGUUGGGAAACGAACUCAAUACUAAGCAAAAAUUAGAGCUGAUUGACGAAAUUUUGGGAAUGCUGCGCCUGAAAGGAUCCCGGAACACUAUGGCCCCAAAGCUUUCGGGUGGUGAGCGAAAGCGUUUAUGCAUUGCCCUCGAACUGGUCAACAACCCGCCUGUGAUCUUUCUAGACGAACCUACGACCGGCCUGGAUGACUUGUCGAGCUCUCAGUGCAUUGCCCUGCUCAAAAUGUUGGCCGCCGGGGGACGCACUGUGAUCUGCUCUAUCCACACACCAUCCGCCAAGAUCUUCGAGAUGCUCGACGCAGUCUAUGUCCUCGCCGAGGGACAAUGCAUCUAUCAAGGAAGAGGGUCCAAUAUUGUUCCCUACAUGGAGCACCUUGGGCUGCGAUGUCCAAUAACAUACAACCCGGCAGACUUCAUCAUCGAAGUGGCAUGCCUCGAGUACGGGGACUCCUAUCACGGGCCGAUGGUGGAGGCCGUGGGCAAUGGCAAGGUUACACGAUGGACUCCGCCAUCAGAAGACGGAAAACUGACACCCACCAAAACCGACACCACAUCGGGAGCAUCGUCGUUUUACGAAAUGGAUCAGUUUGAGGAGGAGAUCAGUCCAAAGCUUUUGCAAGCCAAGUGUAACUGGUGGAUGCAGUACAAGAUACUUCUAGUGCGGAUGCUAAUCCAAAUGUGGAGGGACAAGUCGUACAUCAAGCUGAAGUUCUACAUGAAUAUCGUACUGGCGUUACUGGUGGGGUCACUCUACUUUGGAAUGGGCACUUCGGCCUCGAAAGCGCUUUUCAAUUUCGGUUUCAUGUUUACUAUUGUGAUAGCAUAUUUGUACCUGCCUAUGAUGCCUGUGCUGCUCUACUUUCCCACGGAAAUAAAUCUGUUGAAGAGGGAGUACAACAACCAGUGGUACCGCCUUAGCUCCUAUUACGCUGCAAUGGUGUCCUCCAAGCUGCCAUCCAUGUUCAUUCUAGCCGUUAUUUACCUGUCCAUUGUAUACUUAAUGUCCAGCCAGCCUCUGGAAUGGUUCCGCUUUGCCAUGCUGUUUACAAUAGCUUUCGUUACCGCCCUAACUUCGGACAGUUUUGGCUUACUGAUCUCCAGUAGAUUAAGCUUGGUGAAUGCCAUGUUCAUGGGGCCAGUGCUCGCCGUGCCUCUGAUCCUGCUUUCUAUAUACGGGAUUGGGUACGGCGGAGGGACCUACAUAUCGCCACUUAUGAGGUUUCUGAUGCAUCUCAGCUACCUUCGCCAUGGUAUGGAAGGCCUAGUCGCCUCUCUGUACGACUACGGACGCGCAGACACAAUUUGCGAGGACACGGAAAUUUUUUGUUCCUUUAAAAAGUCCAAGGUUCUCCUAGCCUUUCUUGGCUUUGAGAACAUGCACUAUAUGUGGUCUCUCACCUGCUUGAUUGGCUUCUAUUUGCUUUUCACUGUCGCUGCCUACAUUAUGAUUAGACAGCGGCUCAAAAAAUCGGCGGUUAACCCGAUUCUCGCAUACGUCCUACAGCUGUUGACUAAAUAUUUUAACUUUACUUCGUAUAAUUAUUAGAAAUACGAUCGGGAAAAAUGUGAAAGUGUAAAAAUAGUUUUAAGCGGGAUUUCAGUGGUCAGUCCAAAUCUCCAUAUAAACCACCUUAUUUUAGUUUAAGAACCAGUUGUAAGUCAGGGUAAUAAAAUAUUGUUAUGGGCAAAGUGAUAUCCGAUUACAUAUGUAUAAAUAAAUAUAGAAAAAAUAUAUGAUAAACCUAGGAUAAACUUAUUGA